AAAUUUUCAUAAUUUUAAAAGUAGAAUAAAUUUAAUUGUAAAACUGUGACAAUUGAAACUCAUAAAAUUUAAUAUUGAAUUCACCCAUGUCCUCACCCCAUCAGAGAGUCAUGGCGUUCUGUCUGUAAGCAAAUUAUGCGAAGAAAAAAAAAUUGAACGAACCUUGAGGCGUGUCAAAAGUACUAUCGUAAGAAUAUUCUGCGCACACAAGAAAGUAAUUAAUUAGACGUAUCUCCCAGAAUCCUACAAGCUUUUUCAAUUAUAAAUUUGAAGUUUUUCACAAUGCAUGAGGAACGUUCCCUUGUGAGAUACUCAUUUACUUUUUCCAACACUUUCAUUGUGGUUUUCUUCCAUUCAAAGUCUCAUAUUCUCUCUGUCCCAUUUAAUGUACCCUCAAAACUUACCUAUAUAAGCAACUACUCCCAUUUCCACUUCUCAACAUCAUCUUCAUUCCUGUCUUCUUUUAACUAUAUAACAUUUUUUGUUAACUUAGGAAAUUAACAAUGUUGGACUGGGGUCCUGUGUUGGUGUCAGUGAUACUGUUUGUCCUCUUGUCACCAGGACUGUUAUUUCAACUGCCAGGGCAUAAGCAUUGUGUGGAAUUUGGAAAUUUUCAUACAAGUGGAGCUGCCAUUAUGAUUCAUGCUUUGCUCUAUUUUGCUCUUGUUUGUGUCUUCUUUCUCGCCGUUAAAGUUCAUCUCUACCUUGGUUAGAACUUAAUAUUUUUUUUCUUCUCUUGGACUUGGCAUUUGAAUGUAUUUCAUUUUGUUUGGAUGGUUGUACCUAUUGUAUUUUAUGGUAUUGUUACUAUAAGUACAAUGGUUAUUUUGAGUGUUAUCUAUAUUUUAUUGUAUUAUAUUGUUAUAAUUGUUGUUAUGUAACAACGGGAAAUGUCAUUUUAUGUAAUGAUCGAUUUGGUGUGCAUGGCGUAAU